AUGGUAACUUUUUCGAAUCCAUGCAGCAUGUAUGUUGAUUAUAAUACAACAAGCACAAUAAGGAAUGGAUCCAAAAAUUAUCCUUAUAAAACUCUUGCAGAAGCGCUGGAAAAUCCAUGUGAUCAAUUUAUUGAAAUUUUGCUUGAGCCUGGGCUUCACAUUAUUGAUGAAGAUUAUUUUAAUAUAGGCUCAAUAGCUGUUUCACUAAUAAUUAGACCAGCCAGUAAUGAUCAAUUACAACAUGCAACUUUAAAAAUCACAAAUAGCAAAUUUACCAUGGAUUUUGAAACUUUAUAUUGAAUUUAUUUUCAAAACAUAAUAUUCGAUAGGAAAGCCGUAGCUCAGCCUUAUGAAAUUCAACUUUCUGAUGUAUUUAAUACAGCUACUGUUUGCCCAAUUAACACUUUUAGCAACUUUAUAUCUAUUGGAGAGUAUAAUUGAUUAUUUAUUUAUAAUACGACUUUUCAAAAUAUGGAAUACAAUUUAAAAUCAAUUAUUUUUGCUCAAAGUGGAGUCUUAAGAUUAUAUAAUACAACUUUUCAAAAUAUUAAAGCUUAUGACUGCGGAAAUCUAUAUGGCGUCAUAAUUCUUAGAUGCGAUUUAAACUGCUAUCCAAACACUUUUGUAUAUGAAAAAGGAACAGUAGAAUUAAACAAUGGAUUUUUCAGCUCCCUGAUGGAUUUUGCUUCAAGCUUUUUAUUAGCAAAUUAUACUGGCUCAAUAAAAUUUUCAAAUGUAAACUUUUUGAACAGUUUAUCAUUGUGCAGAGGUGCAGCUUUAAUUUCUGAUUAUUGUGGAACUUUGAUUUCUGUUGAUAAUUGUCGUGGCGAAUUUAUUUUUGAAAAUUGCAGCUUUGACACAAUAUAUACAUGAUCUAUGGUUUCAGUAUACUAUGAUAUGGACAGUAUAACUUCUAAUCUAGCUUUAAAUGAUAAUUAUGAGUGGAUAAUCGUCCCAAAAAUGAGAAUUGUCAAUAAUACUUUUAACUUGAUUGGAUCUGAUAUUCUCAUUUUUUGCUAUUUAUUUACUUAUCCGCUUGAAAUUUAUAUAAAAGAUUUCUAUAUUAGUAACAGUCUUUUUUUAUACAGUGUGUUUUAUGAAUACUCUUAUUGAAUGGAUCCAGAUAAUAUGAUUCUCAUCAAUGCUGAAAAUGUGCUUAUAGACUCCUCAUUAUUUAAAUAUGGCUUUUUCUUUGAUCAUGCAUGAAAUAUUAACGCUACCUUGAAAGGUUUUCGUGUAAAUCAUAUAAUAAAAGACUUAAAGCUUAGUAACACAGUGUUUCCUUAUUUUAAUUCAAGUGCUCUUUCAAUAUAUGAUAAUGGCAGCGUGACUACUUUACUCUUGAUAUUUAGUUAUGAAAUACAUACUUUUUCAGUGUCAAAUUUUAUGAUUGAUGAAACUCUUAUGGCACCAUCCUCCUCAGCUUUUUCUGUGCUUUACAUGCUUAAUAUUAAAAAUCAGGCUUUAAUUUCAAAUAUUUCAAUAGAUUUUCUUCAUAUAAAUAGUCAAUUUGCUCCAAUCAAUAUUGUAAACGGCAACAAAAUUUUUUGCGAAAGCAUAACUAUCAAAAAUACUCGAAAUGAUGACUGGGCAGCAGGGAUUGCACUCGCAAACAUAAAAUCAGCACAUUUGAAUAAUAUCAAUAUAGAAAAUAUUUACAGCAGUUAUCAAGGAGGAAUUUAUUUAAAGGAUUGUGAAGACGUUUUAAUUGAAAACAGCAUUUUUUAUAAUGCAACAUCAGAUCAAAUAGGUGGAGGGAUUGGGAUUAAUAAUCUGACACAUUUAUUUGAAAUUAAAAACUUAACUUUCUUUCAAAACAAUCAGGGUUCAAUUAUAAUAUUUAGUCAAACAAGCAAAGAUGCAAUAUUUUAUAUAAAAAAGUGUAUAUUCGCUCUAAAUUCUAGGCAUCAAUCAGGAAGUGCAGUAGCUUAUGUAUCUGUGCCAUCCGAACAAUUUUUUAAUAAUACCGUGAUUACGGAAAAUUGUAGUUUUUACAAAAACACGGACUACCCAAUUUAUAUUCAAAAUAAUGCAAAUUAUCAAGAUUUUGGAAGCAUUUUUAUGAAUAAUGAAUGUGUGCUGUAUGCAGAUGGAUUUUCAGCUCAAAAUAACCUAUUUAAUGGAACUAUAUUUUAUCAGAACUUUUUAGGUGAUGGUCUUAUUUCUAUUUUUGAUGGGUCAUUAAACUGCAUUAAUUGCUAUUUUUCUGAAAAUUCUCUUCUGCUAAUAUAUCUUCAAAAUUCUGCUUGAGCUAAUUUAGAAAGCUGUGCAUUUUUUAAUAAUACUGCUGAUGAAGGGCCACUAGUUCUCAUUUUUGAAAGUCUGGGUUCAAUUACUUUCAAUAAUGUUAGCAUUGUUAGCAAUUAUAGCGCCUGCACGCUUUUGUCUCGUUCCUUGAAGAUGAUGAGACAAGCCUCCAACUUGCUGACUCCCCAUGGAUAAGCAAAUUCUUGCUUGUUGUAGAUGGUUUUAGCAAAACAUUUUCAAAUAGUAAAUUUUAACCAAAUAAAUUAAAAUUUACUUUUAUUAGGGUUUUCAGAUAAAAGGUGAGAAAUGCAAAUUUUGAGCAUAACCCGAAUAAUAAGCAAAUUUAAAAGUGUGCCCACGCUAUAUGCAUUUUAUGAUCCAAUAUUGCACAUUCAAGGCUCAAAUAUUUUAUUAAAACAAUUUACUCUUAAAGAUAAUAUUUUAUACAAUCCCGGCCAGUCUGAAAUAUAUAUCCAAAAUGCGAGUUUUUUCAGAGCGGAAGAAUCACUAUUCAUCUCAACUAAAACUACUAUUGAAACCGCUAUUAUAUCUUCAAACAGCACUUUAUAUUUCGAUAAUUGCGAAUUUAGAUUUAUUUAUGCAUCUCCAAAUGGACUCAUAUUUGUAAAUUAUGGGAAGCUUCUUUUCCAUAAUUCAAAAAUGACAUACAUAGAAAAUUCCAAUAUAAUGACAUCGUCAAUCUUUAUUUAUGCAAUGCAUCAGGAUAUAAUUGAGCUCAAAAAUUCAGUUUUUUCUAAUUCUUUGCAUACAGGCUUGGGCUUAGUAAACACAACAAGAAUUAUUAUAACUGACUGUUCAUUUUUAAACGGAAUAAAUACUAUGUUUCUCGAGAUUGUAAAUUACGAAUAUUUGAGUAUUUCGAAUUCUUUAUUCUAUAAUAAUACUUCAAAUUUAUCAGCAGCAGCUUUAGAAAUAACAAAUCAAAACGAAACUUCGGCUCCAUUUAUUUGAUCGGGACAUUUACUAGUCAGGCAUUUUCUCGGAAAUUUGGUCGAAAUUUUUCCUCGGAAAAAACCUUCAAAUUUCAAUCAAAUAUCUAACAAAGAAUGAAAAAUUCAACUAAAUGUCUCCAAGAAAUGCCUCAUUAACAAAAGUCCAGAGGAAAAAGUAUAGACCGAAACUUCAGUGACAAAAAUAGAAAACAGCAAAUUUAUUAAUAAUAGUGUUGCAUCUAAAGGAGGGGCGUUUUUGCUAGAUUGUUGUAAUGCACAAAUUCUUAAUUCAACUUUUGAAAAUAAUAUGGCUCUUGAGGGUGGAGCUGGAUAUGUGAGAUGUAUGAAAAAUGGUUUGACAAAUUAUUUUUUUAGAAAUAUAUUUAGCAAUAAUUCUGCUAAAAUUGGUGCAAGUUUAUGCGUAGAAGGAAACAAUAUAGAAGAGUCUGAUAAUGAAUAUUCUGAGAAUCAUGCAGAGUACGGGGAUAAACUUGCUUUACACCCAGUUAGGCUCGUUAAAUCCGCCCAAAUUGGUAAAAAAAGUAUCAGUAAAAUUUCCAAUUUUUAGGUACUUUAAAUAGUAAAUUGUUUUUUUCAAAAGGAAAAUUUAAUAGGUGAAAAUAUAGGGGGGUAAAUAUGAAGAUCUUACUUUAGAUAAUGAUACAACACUUUACUAUGAUGGAGUGUGUGGGUUGGAUUAUCCUUUGAACUUUAGUUUUGCUUUAAUUGAUAUAAAUCAGCAAUUAGUUACUGGUGGUUUCGAUGGAUAUUCUGCUUCAUUAAGGCCUAUUUUUGAAAAUUCUACUAUAAAUGGAGUUUCAGCUGUAAACCCUAUCAGGGGCAUCAUUAUAUUCAAUAAUUUGACGUUUUUAUGUGCUCCGGGAAGUGAAAUUCGUAUGAAUUUAACUUAUUUUGGAUCAAUAGACUUUUGAAUUUCUAAUCGUAACAUUUCGAUUAGUUUGAAUCUAACAGUAAUUUUGCGCACUAGAAACUGCAUUAAUGGAGAAUAUAGAUCUAAUAAUCAAUGCAUUUACUGCAAAGAAGGACAAUAUAGUUUGAGCCCAGAUAAUAAUUGUAAUGAGUGCCCAGUAAAUGCAUAUUGCUAUGGUGGUGAUUUAUUGGCUCCUAAGCCUGGAUAUUGGCGUGGCAAAACUGACUCUAUAAGACUAUAUCAUUGCUUAAACCCAAAUGCUUGCGAAGGAGGAUUAAAAGAUGCUAAUGAUUCUAUUUCUUUAACUGGAAGAUGCAGAGAAGGGUACCAAGGAAACCUUUGCCAAGCUUGUGACUAUGGUUUUUCAUCGUCAGGUGGAAAUAACUGUGAAAGAUGUCCAUCUAGUCAAGAUAACAUCAUCAGACUAGUAGGGCUAGUUAAUUAAUUAGUUAAAACGGUUAUGCUGGCUAUAGGUGGAUCAGGCCACUAGCCGUCGCCCAUCUUGACUCCAAAAUGUCACCCUUUUUUGGAUUUUCGGCCUGAACUUCCUGCCCAGGGAUUAACUCCCUUGGACAGAGCCAUAGUAUGUGACAUUCACCGCUGGUCCGGCAAGGAAGGACCAUGUUACAGGCUAAAUCUGUCCAGUCCAUCUGUCAGGGACAGGAAAACCUGAGAGAAAGCAAAACUUCCCUUUUCUGCAAAGUAUCCCUAAGCCUGAAGGCCUAAUUUAAAAAAGGGACGAGGUCCUGCUUUCAGCCCUGCCUCCUCCAUAGGGAGUGUGCCUCAGAGUCCAUUUUUCCGUCACGUCACCAUUUUAUUUCUUUUAGUAGUGCUAGGGAUUUGCACUAUUUUAGUAGUUACUAUUGUAGUAUAUCUUACAUUUAUCACAGCUUAUGAGCCAGUCUCAAUAAGUUCUAUUUUUUUCAAAAUUUUAUUGAACUACUUUCAAGUGAUUUCAAUUAUUAUUAAGAUGAAAUUACCAUGGCCAUGAUACGCUGAUUCAUGAUUAUCCUACCAAUCAUACCCUGGAGAUAUUCCAACUCAUCUGCUUUCUAUUGAUUGUCUAUUAAUAGAUAAAAGUGACAAAGAGUCUUAUAAAUCGAUAUAUUUUUUGAAAAUGAUUAUUAUGGUUUGCCUCCCAGCAGCUUUAACUAACCAUUAUUAAUUAUUGCCAUAAGACCUUAAAGUCUCACCUCUUCCUAAAGCUAUCCCAUAGAAUUUAUCGAUGAAUCUCAUCCAAGAAAUUCUCCUCGGCAUAUUGAUUUUGCUAUGCACUCUUAAUAAUUUCAGCAAUAGCAGCUUUAGGAAUCUGCAUUUUUAUAUUCUGACUAAUAGUAGCUUACUUAAUUAGUUACUUAGGCGUUUAAGGUGUAUGACUUCUUCAGCAGGAUGAUUUAGACAUGCAUAACCCAUCCUUUUAACUCCCAAUCUGGUGACGUCACCAAGCCAUCUUGAACCGGUCAGCCCGACCAAGCCUUCUAUAAAAUGUUCACCUCCAGCUAGGCCAGAAGUUUCGCACCGGCAGCGUUGCCUCGCCCGAACUUGACUCCUGCGCGUGUUCCGCCUAAGGGUCACCCUCCUCUGGUGUCUCAAGCAGCAAAACCAGAUGUCCUUGGUACCCUUUGGUACCCUGGACCAAUUGAAUACCCUAUGCGAUAUUCCAUAUUGGUGUUGCGGAUAAAAGGCCACGUGGAAAACUGAACCCCAUAAUAAUGCAAGCGAAGGAAGGAACAGUUCUCGGAGAGAACUAAUUCCGCACUGAACCAUUUUAUUAUUAUGUGACUAACAGUAGCAGUUAUUAAAAAUAUCUAUUUAUCAGCAGUAAAGAAUGAACUGAUCACAACUUUAUGAAUUCUGCAUUUCCUUAUUUUGCCAACAAUCACAAAUUAUAUGUUUUCAAUUUUCAGCUGCAUGGAUAUUUAUGGAGAACUAUAUCUCAGCAGCAAUCUUGAUAUUAAAUGCUGAGAUAACAUGCACUCAAUUUAUGCUUUUGGUGUAGCUCUGCCAGGAAUUUUAAUUUGGACUGCUGGAAUACCUUUAGGAAUUUUUCUAUAUUUAUGGAAAAAGAGAAGGCAUCUUUAUCGGCUGGAAACAAUGCUGAGAUUUGGAUUUAUAUAUAACGGAUAUAGAAAAUCUAAAUUUUAUUGGGAAUUUGUAAUUCUAAUAAGAAAAUUGCUAAUAAUUUGAAUUGCAAUUUUCUUUACAAAUGACGCUGUAGAGACUCAAGCAAUAGUUUGCUUUACAGUUUUAUUCAUAUUUUUUUAUUUACAAUAUAAGUGCUAUCCUUUUGAAUAUCUCGAGCUUAACACAGCAGAAUUAACAAGCAUUUUUGUAGAACUAUUAACAAUUUAUUGCGGCCUUUAUUAUAUGACAAAUGAACUUAGCCUAGGAUUAGAAAUUUUCUUUUUCGUUUUGCUGGUUUUAUCAAAUGCUUAUUUUUUAUGGGUAUGGCUGAAGAAUAUAUAGCUCAUACACCUUAAUAGAUCUCUAUACCCCAGCAGAAAACCAACCAGAAAAAAUAUGGUACAGGGCACCUGCCCUAUACAGUAUAAGUCUGAUUAGGUAUAGUAAUUGCCCGAGGAUGGCGCUAUCUUGCGCCAUCCUCGGGCAAUUCAAAAAUGGCCCCACACCGGGAAUUGAACCACGUGUGGGGCCAUUUUUGGUAUGUGAAGAACAUCGACUUCCACUCACCAAAAAUGGCCCCACACGUGGGUUCAAUUCCCGGUGUGGGGCCAUUUUUUAAAUUGCCCGAGGAUGGUGCAAGAUAGCGCCAUCCUCGGGCAAUUACAAUACCUUAAAAUCAUAAGCCGAGACUUGUCAUUUUCGUUUUUACUUUUCAAAAAAGCUGACAAGUAUAAAUUAAUUUUGAAAAUUAAAAUUGAUGGACAUGAUGAUCUAAAAUAUUUCAGGUGCUAUAUCUAAAAAAUUGAUUCUUUUGAUUUUAAAAAAAAUUCAGAGCCUAAGAAAAUGUUUUGAUGUUAAUAAUUAUAAAGAUUAUGGGAAAAUCGAAGAAAAAUCAAAACUAAUAGCUACUAAAAACCUUACUGAACUAGAAAUAAAAGACAGCGCCAGCAUUUCUUUAUGGGCGAUGAAAAGAAUAGCCAAAAGCGCUAUAAGUGAAGAAUCUAAUAUUGGGGAAAGCCAUAGCCAAGAUCAAUAUCCUUAG